GUCACAAUAUACGUCAAUAACGUACAGCGAGGUCAAGCUGAGGUGUACGUUGUGCUGAAUCAUGCUCAAAUCGGUGUUCGUAUCCGGGAAUCGUAUGCUAUCGAUAUGGAUCGCAUACCAACCUACAUGGAGAGUUUCGGUCUACUCGAUUUACUCGUCGCUGUUCCACCGCAGUAUCAUAUGGUAUGUAGUUAG